AUGGGCCCCAAAGCAAAGUCCAAAGCCAAGGCCAAGGCCAAGGCCAAGGGCAAAGUCAAGGAUCCCGACACAACACGCUUGACACGGCGUACAUACCUGCGGAGCAAAUUGCCAGCAGUGAGGCCAAAUGGAGCUGUUCAUUUGGACACGCUUCCGGUCAUAGAGCCCAAUGGGGCCGGCGAUUCCAUUGUGCAGACUGAAAUCCGUGCUUGUUUUGGCGGCCACGUGUGUGAUGUGUCUCAGCCAAAGAUGCUGUGCGACAUAGCGGGCCAUGGCUUCCGUGCCAAGUUUGGAAUCAAGGUGCCAUAUUCCAUUUUGUCCGCAUGCGUUCUUCCAAUGCAAGGGGACAUAGCAACAGCUGGAGAAGAUGGCACGAUUCGGGUUUGGGACCACGAAGGAACGCUGAUGCAGGAGGUACUUGCUCAUGAAGGCGGGGCGUUGUUUGUUGCGCCCUUCCCAAAUGGCAAGUGCCUUCUCACAGGUGGCUGCGACGGGUUUGCCAGGGUCUGGAAGGUAGCCCCGAACAGCAAGAUAGCUGUGUUUGUACAGGUGAACCACAGAUUUGCAGUGGCUUCUGGCUGUGUCUAUCCAAAUCUCAGACAGAUGAUCACUUUAGGCUUGGAUGGGGUCGCCAAAAUUUGGCGCCUUGAUGACGAGGAGUUCUUGGCAGAAGGUGGUUGUGGCUUGAGUGCGAUGAUCAUCUCCCCCUAUGGAGGCUGCAUCCUCACUGCCAGCAGCAUGGGGGCCAUCGAGAAAUUCUCAGAUGAUGGCCAGCUGCUGUGCCAAUUUGCAGACGGCCACCAUGGCUUGGUCAAUGUCUUGAUGUUGUUCCCCGACCAAUCCAGGAUUCUCACGGCUGGGGAGGAUGGCGCGGCACUGAUUUGGUAUAGCUCUGGUGAGCUAGCAGUCGAGCUGGAGCCACUGGAAGAUCCCGUGCUUUGUGCAGAUAUUUCCCCUUGUGGCAGCUGGAUAUUGACUGGCAGCAAGCAGGGGACUGCUCGCAUUUCCGGUUCAGCAACUGGCAGAACUGUGUGCAGCUGGCAAGUUGGAGACGAGGCACCUGCGCAGCCAGAGGAGGCGUCCAGCGUGCUGGAGGUGAGCGAGAGAGCGCAGCUGGACACCUGCAGUGUCCAGGCUUGUUGCUUCUGCCUCUCAGAGCCGCGGUUCGUUCUGGCCGGGGCAUUUGGACUACAAAUCUGGGAGUUCAUGGCAGUGCUUGACUGA